GCUUUACCGUCAUGGAAAGUGGAACCAUGGUAACCAUGUCUACGCCUGCCGUGGACUCCAAUUCGGACUACGAUUCCUCAUCGGGUUCCGGCUUCUCGCUGAUCCUUUUGAGCAAAUCAAAUCCCGUCUUUGGCUGCUACAUGUUCUGGACCAGUCUUUUGAUACUAAAGAUGCUGAUAAUGUCCCUGCUCACCGCCCGACAGCGCAUGAAGACAAAGACCUUUGCCAAUCCUGAGGAUGUGCGCGGAGGCCUGGAGGUGCGCUUCGGGGAUCCCAAUGUGGAGCGAGUGAGGCGGGCCCAUCGCAACGAUUUAGAGAACGUGUUGCCCUUCAUUCUGAUGUCACUGGCAUAUGUGGCCACCGGACCGAAUCCCCUAACAGCCCGCCUGCUCAUCCGCAUAGGAGCCAGUGCCCGGCUGCUGCACACCGUUGUCUAUGCGGUGAUUCCGGUGCCUCAGCCGGCUCGUGGAUUGGCCUUUCUCACCACCUUUGCCAUUACCUGCUUCGAGGCGGGCUAUGUAUUCGUAUGCUGUGUGAAAUACAUUUAGG